CAAAUUCGCUUCCCACAAUCUCAGUUAGUAAAAUUGACAUACGUUUUCAUAAAAAAAUUUAUAAUAUUUUCAAUAAAACUUUGUAGUAGCUAUAGUAGUAAUAACAAUAGGAUUAAUACGACAUGUACUAAUGAAAGUGGAAUGUCUGUUGAAGAGCACACUUGUAAAGUUGUUCAAAUGCAUCUAUUGGCUAGGAAUUUUGCUCUACAGCUAAAGGAAACAGUGAAAAAUGAUAAAACUCUUCAGUAUGGGAAAGUCUUAGAAUAUCAAAUGAUUUAUUUUGGGAAAACUAAUGAAGAUAAAUAUGUUACUAUUGAAGAGUAUAUACCUGGAGAGUUUACAAAAUAUUUGAACAAUACAGGAAUGAAAUGUGUCCCUGAUUUAGACAUCCUGGGACAAAAAGCAGAGAGUCUUACUCAUUAUUCUUUUGAAAAGUCAGAAAAGAAGUUAAUGGUGGUUGAUAUACAAGGGAAUGGACACAAACUAUUUGACCCAGAAAUAGCAUCUUCAGAUUUGUUUGACAAUUCUCAGAAAUUGCUGUUCAGUAUUGGAAACCUGGUAACAAUGGCUCAUGACAAUUUCUUAUACAACCACAAGUGCAAUGAACUUAAACCAUUAGUACUUAAACCAUUUACUGAAUGAGCUGCAGAGUAAAUAUCUAAUUACAAGACUGAAAAAAACUUGAAUUCACAAGAACUCAACAGUUGUGUAAGAUAUACAAGUUAUACAUUGCUAUCUUUGUAAGUUAAGUUAUUUCAGUUUCUGUUGACAUUUUGCAAAAACACUAUGUUCCAUGUCAUGAAAAGGCAUAGCCAGUUUGGUCAUGCUGUGUAAAAAUUUAAAUUUUCAUUUACUCUAAGAACAUUGAUUUUUCAAAAAAUAAAUAAUAUUAUGAUAUGAAACUUAGAUAGUACGAUCAAACUUGCCAGCUAGCUACCUGUUUAGACAGGUUGGAUACUGUCUUAGAUAAUGUGUAUCACUGACAGGUCUGUUGUACCAUUACUGUAAAUGUGCUGUUUUAAAUAAACGAACUUUUUUAUAAA